GGGGUGAGCACUGCCAGCCUGAGAUCUCUGAGCCAGACAAACAAUCCUCCCCCUGGGGUUUUUCAGGGCAAUCUUCUAGAAAACAUAGUGUCCCAAUGGAGCGUUCUUGUGGCCUACUUACUUGCAGAAAGGAGCCAGUGCCACUGAAGAGCGUCUCUGUGACCCUGUCCAUCAAUGACUUUGUGGCUGGUGUCUCUGCAACCUUAAACUAUGAGAAUGAGGAGAAAGUCCCCUUGGAGGCCUUCUUUGUGUUCUCCAUGGAUGAAGACUCUGCUGUCUACAGCUUGGAGGCCUUGGUGGAUGGGAAGACAAUUGUGGCAGAACUGCAGGAGAAGAUGAAGGCUCAUAGCAGCUAUGAGUAUGCCCUCUCCCAGGGUCAGAAGGCCUACUUAUUGGAAGCAAACAACUAUUCCAGGGAUGUCUUCUCUUGCAAUGUUGGGAACCUGCAGCCUGGGGCCAAGGUGGCACUUACUCUGAAGUAUGUGCAGGAGUUGAAUCUGGAAGAAGAUGGGGCCCAGCGACACAUGUUCCCAGCAAUCCUGAAUCCUAGAUACCAGCUAUCUGACCGGUCUGGGGACAGUUGCCUGGAUAUGAAGACUCCCAUAGGCCCUUUGGAGGAUCUGCCCUACACACUCAGCCUGGUGGCCACCAUCAGCUCCCAGCACAGCAUAGAGAGGGUCCAAUCAAACUGUUCCUUGAAUCCUGUUGAGUACCUUGGACAAGAUAAGACUUCUGCCCAGGUUUCCUUGGCUGAAGGACACAAGUUUGAUCGGGAUGUGGAGCUCCUGAUUUACUACGGGGAAGUGCACAGCCCCAGUGUACCUGUGGAGAUGGGGAUGCCUGAAAUGAAUUGGAUGGGAGCUCCUUCUGCAAUGGUGGGGUUCUAUCCAGAUAUCUCAGAAGUAGAGAUCUCCAGUAGCUGUGGAAAAUUUGUCUUCCUCAUGGACCGCUCAGGAAGUAUGAACUCCCCCAUGAGUAACCAAGCCAGGUCUCAGCUGCAGAUAGAUGCUGCCAAGGAAACACUCACUCUUCUGAUGAAGAGUUUGCCUCUAGGCUGCUAUUUCAAUAUUUAUGGAUUUGGAUCUUCCUAUGAAUCAUUCUUUCCAACGAGUGUGCAGUACACUCAGAAAACAAUGGAGGAGCUUUUUGUUUUCACAGAUGGAGAAGUUAAUGACACAUUUACUCUCAUUAGUGAGGUUAAGUUAAACAGCAACUAUUGCAGAUGUUUCUCAUUUGGAAUUGAAGAAGGUGCCUCCACCAGUUUAAUAAAAGGCAUUGCCCAGGAAUCAUGGGGCUAUCCAGAGUUUAUCCCAGGCAAGGACAGGAUGCAGACCAAAGCUCUCAGAUCCCUGAAGUCUGCUCUACAGUCUGCAGUGGAGGGUAUCUGUCUUAGCUGGGAUUUGCCUGCUGGUCUGUCUGCUAACCGGCAUGCUCCAGAACAGACUGUCAUCUUUAGAGGUCAGAAGUUAAUCAUCUAUUCCCAGCUGACCUGUAAGUUCCCAUUAUUGCUAUUUCCUCUACUCUGUCAAGCAGAGGCCUCAGGAAAAGUGUGCCUCAAGUACACCCUCCAGGGCAAAAGUUUUGAGGAAGAGAUGAGAUUUUCCCUACAGCCCAAGGCAAAUCCCAGUUUCACCAUUCACCGUCUGGCUGCAAAGUCCUUGAUUCAGAACAAGGACUUGGGCUCCCAUCAGACCUCAGAAAGUGACAAAGAAGAUGUGUUGAAAGUCAGCAUUCUGUCUGGAGUCCUCAGCUCCUUCACAGCUUUUGUUGCCAUAAACAAGGAGCUCAACCAGCCAGUGCAGGGGCCCCUGGCUCAGAGGAACAUUUCAAUGUCAACGCUGUUCUCAUCACUUUGUCCAAGUCAAAGAAAGAGAGUGAAUUGUAUGCCUACCCAAGUGUCCUUAGGGGAGAUGGAGAAGACAUUUUCUUCCACUAAUGCAACCGACAUGAAAAAUUACCACAAAGCUACUGGAGAGAGUGUUGUACAGCUGAUUUCACUCCAAAAGGCCAAUGGUUCCUGGGAUCUGGAUGAAAAUCUACCCAAGGUCCUGGAUACUAAUUUGGGAGACAUACAAGCUGCAAACCCUGCCAAACAUGAACAUGCAGUAGUCUGGGCCACAGUGCUGGCUGUGCUCUGCCUACAUGCCAGUAGCAGGGAUGUGAAGUGUGAGUGGGAACUUCUGGAGAAGAAAGCGGUGGCCUGGCUUCAUGACCAUGCAGGUUCCCCCAUAUCCAUUCUGGUGAAAGCUGCCAACACGUUCCUGAAAUUGUGUGUGAAUCCUGCUGUCUUGGACUUCUGA